AUGGCGUCUCUUUUCAAUAAACGUCUGAGCUGUUUCUAUUGCGGGCGACGGUCCGAUCAGGUGCAGACAGGGUCUGUCCGCAAAUGGCAUUGUAAACAUUGUGAGGCCAUCAAUUAUUUGGAUGAGAAGGGAGAAAUUACAGAUCCCCCGGCCGACGAGACAAACGCAGGCGCGUAUGGUGCCGACUCAGCCUUCGAAUCAAUUGAUUUCACAGAGUCCGGCCUGUUCUGUGCCAAGUGUGUUCGCAACCAACAUCUUUUUAUGAGCGCCCUGGCGUCGUAUUUCCCACCGUCCGACGACCCUGCAUACAGCGCUUACGAAAAGGAAUAUCCUCUGUUUCGUCAGAAUCUAGAGGAACGGUAUCCUCAGGUGUGCGAGAGGUGCGAACCUCGUGUUACGCAGCGCAUUCGGCAAACAGGCUACGAGGCCAAGUCCGAUCAUCUUCGGCGGAUGAUGGAUCGGAGUAAGGCGGGGCGUGCUGCGAGACAGGCAAGGAGCAGGAACUGGAGAAGCGUGCUCGUAUUCGCGGGCGCUCUCGGCUACUGGGGCAGUGUUGCUGGUCAACUUGCAUGGGACUCGAUGGCCGCGUUGAACGGAGGCGAGCCGUUUCAAGAGGAGAUCGAGACGUCAAUAUCUUCGUCAUUGAUACUCUCGUGCAUGGACGAAACAGUUAGGGUAGGCCGCAUCCCGGGGCGAUGUUCGUUCGACUUGGUGCCGCUUGCGGGCUUGUCACUGGUCAUGGGUAUUCUGUCACUUUGGUGGAACCCCAAGUUACGGCUCAAGGUGGAGGGGAAGGGGGGUAGAUUCUCCAGAUUGGGCGAAUACUACCGGGUGCAAUUAAUUGUUAUGGUAGUAAGAUGUGUGUUUUGGGCAGUGCUCAAAGACCCUUCAUCGAGCGGCUUACAGGCGGACCUGAGAUCCGCCCUUCAUUGGUUUAUGCUUGCGUUUACAUUACUUUCAGUUCUUAUUUCUCGGAGAAUUGUGACAUAUGAAAUCCGUCCAUUGGUGUCUUGGACAGAAAGUGUUCCGGCCGUGUCUCCGAAUAGGUUAAGAGAUGCAGACAAUAUGCCCUCAACGGCGAAUAGGCAGUCACAUAUCUCGCCAAGCGCCAGCGUCUAUCACACGGCUCGACGGUUUCCAUUAGAAAAGCUAGCAUUGCCCCGUACUACUCCUGUACAGGAGCCAGCCGUUCCGCCUACGCCACCUCCCGAGGCCGAUGAUAUGGAUUGGACUCCUUCCCUGCCACGGAAUAUUCGACCAACGAUUAGUGUCCACCAGAGGGACCAGAAAUCUGUUCUCGAUGGGCCUCUUCCUUUCUAUGGAGCGCUCCCGCCUGCGCCACAAGCAGAGAGCUGGGGCCUCCGCAAUCGACAAGUUCAGAAGCCGAUUGAGCAGGUGGUUGAACGCAACCCGUUCCAGCGUACGCCAACCCAAUCCCCCACACCGUGGCAGCAUAGCACUGGCCGGCCCGAGGCAUCUUUUGCACAGCCAAAGUUCUUUCCCAUGAGUGACCACGCUGCAUCGACUGGCCUGGAAAGUUUGUUUGACCGGACUUUUACCAUUCGAUCCCCGGAGGAUGACAGGAAAGAGUCAUGGCAGUCGAACCUGCAUCCAUCAUAUCCGGUUACAGGGACCUCGACUUCUCUGACUAUUCAGUAUCUUCGGCUUGGUCUUCUCGCGGCAUCUAUUGCUGCGUGGUUGUUGUCACAGAAUGAUCUCAUCUCAAUCCCCGGGAACUACAUUGAGGUGGCUUCACUCGGGAGUGCUAGUCUGAUAUCUGGGUUUGCGCUUCUAGAAGCCCUGAAACGUCCCAUGUUCGAAUGGAACGGGAUGGAAAUACUGGUUUACGUUGCCGAACUCGCAACCGCUGUGCACCUGGGAGCAAAUCUUCCUCGGGUUUCGUUUGCCAGGGAAUAUUUCGAUCGGUAUGGCAAGCUCCUGUUGAUUUUCAUGGCCGUCCAGGAGGCUCUGGGGUUAUUCGCCUUGUAUCGGAAUGCAAGCACCGCUGUGCAGAGCCCUGAGAUGCAGUCACCUCCGACACAGCCACAUUCUCCGAAUCCCGAUGCCAACACCCGUACUUUCGGCAGAGCAGCCGGAAGCCCUCGGCUUCAUGAACACCAAUCAUUCACCUCGGAGUCCGCUGUGCCCGAGCUGACAUACUCGCCGACAACGGUCAGCUCAAGCUUCCUGUCUCAACAGCCAGCCAUGCAGCAGAAGAAACCAGUCAUGUCCACCUUCGGUGCUCCUGCGUUUGGCGGCCCAAGUCUGAACAGGGAGAGUAGCUUGACCUACGCAAGCCUGAAGGGGUACGAGUCCGACUACGACGCCCUAGAACGCGACUCAGACACCGAGACAACCGUCACAACAGCCACCACCGCCACGAACGCUACCAGCGCUACGAUGCGGAAUAUCCGCUACGGCCGGACUUCUAACGACGCCUUCUUCUCCCCGCGAAGAGCCGAGCUGGGCCCCGGUAUCGAUGGUCUGAGUCUGGAGGAUAAGCCCACCUCCACCCGACGCGUGACACGCAGCCAGACGCAACGACAACAAGGCGACGCCUUUCGAAAAAAUCCUCUCCGGAGACCCAGAUGA